GAUUUCAGCUAGGCUUUUCUUCUAUCCUGCGGUCUGGUUUAACGAUUCUCUUCAACAAGCACAUAGCAUUGACUUUUGUCAUUGGCUGAUACAACAGUGUAUCGCGAGCGCUUACGGACUAUUUGGAAGAGAUAUAAUGACUUAGGACCUGAUAGUAUCUGUACAUAACUUUCUUUGAUCAUGGAAUUUGAUGGAUACAUUAAUAUUAUCACCAAAAACUAUCUAUGGAUUGACCUUCAUACUUCUGGACGUAUUUCAGAUUUCUUUGCCCAAGGUCUAAGAGCUUACUCAAGUCUUUUUUGUAAGAUACAUACAUGUACCCUAUAUAGGUAUCAAUAGACAAGAGGUUACACGGGCCAUGCCAAGCGGUAUGGUAGGAUCUUCGGCCACCUCAGCCCACUUUCCCGCCUUACAACAAUUUGCAAUAUUCAACGGAGGUUACACAACUCUACCACCACAACUCCAAAUCACUUAUUGUUAACAGCGAAUUGAUCCUCAGUAUCUGAUAUAUAUCUCAGCAAAUUUUCGGGGGAGAUUUCCAAGGUAAGUUGACCUUUUUGUUGUGGUAGCUUUUCACCUUUUCGGUUCAUCAUAUGAGUGGUUCUGGAUUUUAGGGGGGCAAAGUUCGCUUCAUCAGCACUCACCAAUUUUUCUUCAUCAACCGAAUGUAAAAAUCUCAUCACGGUAUCAUUAAGGACGAAGAUGAAAAUGCUCUCUUUAUUUUCUUCAUUUAUGUUAUCGAGGGUCCUUCAUUACACAUUGGUCGCGCCUACCUUAUAUAGCAUAGCAUCUAGUGCAUGGUAUAUCGGUGAUGAUUCAUACUAUACGGCCGGCAACUGACGCCAACAAUAGCAACCUUGUUGUGUUUUACCUUUAGCACAUAACUUCAGUUCUGGGCUACCAUUGUCCUCAAGGAGUCUUAGUAACACUCAUUGUCAUCAUUGCGCUCACUCAUCAUCGCCGUCUAGAGUCAGUGACUAAUGAUUUUGAAUCCAUCUAGGGUUCAAAGGUUACAGAUAUGGAUACCUAUUUAGAACCUAGACCACAUGAUGACAAUCCGGAUAUCACGACCGACAACAAUGAAAGUAAUCACAAUGGAAGUAUCUUCGGCAUUCCCAAUAUGUUCAAUAGCGCAAACUUCGCUCAAGCAAGCAUACUCUCUAAUGAUGCCGAAAGGACCAUUAACAGCCCGGAUCUUGCUUAUAGGGGCAUCUUCUCCGAUACCCCAAGAAGCAUUAAUAAUAGCCCAGUAUCUGCUCAAACUAACAUUUUCUCAGGUGGUCAAAAUAGCAAUCUGACUAGCCCGGUCACUGCCCAGACUAGCAUCUUCGGAGAUGUUUCAAACAGCAAUUCAACCAGCCAAACCCCAGCACAAGUCUAUAAUUCUCCUAAUGCACCAAACCGUACCAUCACAACUACAGACACCAUUCAGUCCGUCACCAGAAUCCAGGAAGUUGAUCCGUUUGCUCAUGGCUCCGAACCAGACUCCGAACCAGGCUCAGACCCAGACAUCAACCCAGACAUCGAACCCUAUGAUAACCCUGAUUUGGAAAUUACCAGUGAUGUCAGUUCACGCUCAAUUAGUUCGUCCCCCGAGGCUCCCGACUUCGAUGCUCCCGCAGCUCCAGCACCAGAAACUCUAUCUCUUUCCUCGGACCAUAGCUCCCUUCCAAUCUUCAAAUGUAACAUGCCAAGAACUUUUGCUGGAUUCGGCGUCAUGUUCAACAGUGCCAAACGUAGUGCUGCUAUCAAAGGACAAGCGCAACGAAUUGGAGCCGUAGGUGCAGAUAAAGAUGAUAGUGGGACUUAUGAUCCCAGUUUAGAACGCAAGAGGAACGUUAGAAACACUAGAGCCAAGAAAAACAAGGAGAAUGUUGGAGAAGAGGAAACAGCGAAGAUAGCUGUAGGUACAAGAAAUGGGAGAAAAACUAAGGAGCUAGCUUCUUUCGAGUGGGUGAUUACGAUUAAAUUGACUAGUGAAAAAGGUUUGAAAUACCUGAAAGAAAUUACGCCGGGCCCGGAAGGUGAUGAGAGGAAUUUUCCACCGAUUUAUGAAGCGGAUUAUGUUGAUUCGGGGGAUGGGAAUGAGAAUGAGAAUGAGGAUGAUGAGAUUGAUUAUUCCAUUCAUUCUACGCGGAGGAAAAAAGCCAAAACUUCACAUAACCGAAGGUACGUAGCGAUACACUCACAUGAUGAUUUUAACAAAAACAGCUAACUGUUCUAGAUCCGACGGUCUAACUCUUGAAGAACUACACGACGGAAAUCCUCAACGUCGUGGCUGUAAAGCUUGUUUCGACGCUGGAGAUGAUGAAUGUUCACUCAUUGAAUAUAGUCAUGAAUGGCCUUGUGAGGGUUGUGAAGAUGCAGGCAUUGAUUGCGAGCUCAUUAUCCCACCUGAAUUAAAACUUUCAUGCAUUCGAUGCAAAGAGAUGUUGCGAAAGAAGUGUUCCUAUGCGGAUGAUGGUGGGAAAGGUGUUAAAUCUUGCAAAGCAUGUGAGGAGGCGAACGUCAAAUGUAUUGCUGGUCCUAGAGCUGACUCUGCCCCUUCAAUGAGAAUAUCGGACGUGCUUGCGAAUGCUGGCACUAAGAGAAAAGGGAGCAAAAGUACUAAAGCAGAGGGUAUCAAAAAAGGAAGAGAAAUAGCUACAGCUACUAGUGUGGCGAAACCGCAAGCUUUGCCUCGAAAAUAUGUCUCUUGCAAUCGAUGCAGAGUCGAAUUCAGAGGCAGAUGUUCGCUCAAGCGUGAUGAUGAAGGACCAUGUAAUCGCUGCGUCAAGGCAAAUGUGGCUUGUACUUUCACAAUGCUACCUAGCAUCCCAGGAACUCCAAAAAAAGAAAAAGGCAAAGAAAAAGGCAAAGGAACAGAAAAAGAUAUGGCACCAGUGUCCAGAACUCCUCAAGACCUUACCCAAACCAUCAUUCUCGAAUCAACCAAACUCAACGAUCGAGUAUGGCGUACCACCGACCCUCAUACACGUCGUACCAAAGCCCAACAAAAAGCUUUCUCACGAGCACAAUCUUCUUGUUCACCAGAAAUUCACUUCCUAAGCUCCAACCCUAUCAAUCAUGCAAAUAGUCAAAAGCCCCAAACCAACACUAAAUCAUAUAUCCCCAACAACCCAGCUCAACAGACCAUUACCAUUCCUUCGUCGUUCACCCUCCAGCACAAAGGCAUCCGCACCAUAACCAUCAAAACCUCCUUCUCCCACCCCCUAAUCUUCAACUACAAACGCGACCCCAUGUCCCUCCACCCCUGCGACUUCCACACCACCCCCUUCUUCGGGCUCUUCGGCUACGGUCCCCGUCUCGUAACCGUCGUCCCCUGGCCCCGCAUCACGGGAGCCGGGUACGAAGAACUCGAAAACGGAUGGGGAGACUCAGACGUAGGACACGACGCGACAAGAAUGUGUGUCAAGUGUACAUAUGCACGAGUUAAGAUAUUAGGGUGUGCGGAACAUGAGUUGAGACCGAUAGAGGGAUUGGAUGAGCGGAUGAGAGAUGAGGGGGGUGGGGGAUAGUGUGGAGGUGGUGAGGAAGGUGGGGAGGUGGGAGGAGAAGUGGGUGGUGAAGGAAGGUGGGUCUCGGGAACUGGAAUGGAGGGCGGAAAUGUGGAAUGGUGGUUGGAUGGAAUGAAGUAUGGAAAGGUUCGAGGGAAUGGGUGGAAGAA